AUGUCUGCUUCCGCCCUUCUAAGAAGCCGUGUCAGGCGGCCUUCCUACCUCAGGAAGCUAGCUAAGGCAGAGGACCUCAUCGAGUUUUUCCCUCAUGGCUCGUACAUCGGCUGGUCCGGAUUUACGGGUGUUGGAUACCCCAAGAAAGUUCCAACGGCGCUGGCCGACCAUGUCGAGAAGAAUGGACUCGAAGGAAAGCUGCAGUACACCUUGUUUGUCGGUGCUUCAUCUGGCGCAGAGACGGAGAAUCGCUGGGCUAGACUCAAUAUGAUCGAGCGUCGGAGCCCUCACCAGGUCGGCAAGGAGAUUGCCAAGGGCAUCAACUCCGGACAGAUUAAGUUCUUCGAUAAGCAUCUGAGCAUGUUCCCUUCAGAUCUGGUUUAUGGCUGGUACACAUUGAACAAGCCUAAGAACAGGCUGGAUGUCGCCGUCAUUGAGGCAUCCGCCAUCACCGAGGAUGGUGGUAUCAUCCCCGGUGCUUCCGUCGGUGCUUCCCCGGAAUUGGUUCAGAUGGCCGAUAAGGUUAUCAUCGAGGUGAACACCGCCAGCCCUUCAUUCGAGGGUCUCCACGAUAUCACCAUGUCUGAGCUUCCUCCGAAUCGCAAGCCUUACCUCAUCCUUCAGCCUGAGGACCGCAUCGGAACUCCUCACAUUCCUGUUGACCCCGAGAAGGUUGUUGCCAUCGUUGAGUCGGAUUACCCCGACCAGACUCAGCCCAACGCCCCGGAGGAUGCGAGUUCGCAGGCCAUUGCCUCCAACCUGAUUGAAUUCCUGAAGCACGAGGUCAAUCAUGGCCGACUGCCCAAGAACCUGUUGCCGAUCCAGUCUGGCAUUGGAAACAUUGCCAACGCUGUCAUCGGUGGCUUGAGCAAGGGCGGUGCUGAUUUUACCAACCUGAAGGUCUGGACAGAGGUGCUGCAGGAUUCUUUCCUGGACUUGUUCGAUAGCGGCAACCUGGACUUCGCAACAGCGACUUCGAUCCGUUUCUCUCCCGACGGAUUCAAGCGUUUCUACGACAACUGGGAGCGCUAUGCCGGCAAGCUCCUCCUCCGCUCUCAACAGGUCUCCAACUCCCCCGAGAUCAUCCGUCGCUUGGGCUGCAUUGGCAUGAACACCCCCGUUGAGGUGGAUAUUUAUGCUCACGCCAACAGCACCUGUGUCAUGGGCUCCCGCAUGCUGAACGGUCUUGGUGGCUCCGCCGAUUUCCUCCGCAGCUCGAAGUACAGUAUCAUGCACACUCCUAGUACCCGCCCUAGCAAGAUUGAUCCCACUGGUGUCAGCUGUAUUGUGCCUUUCUGCACACACAUUGACCAGACCGAGCACGAUCUUGACGUCGUCGUUACUGAACAGGGUCUUGCCGACGUGCGUGGUCUGUCUCCUCGCGAGCGUGCUCGUGUCAUCAUCGACAAGUGCUCUCACCCCGACUACAAGCCAAUCCUCACGGACUACCUCGACCGGGCCGAGUUCGAGUGCCUGAAGAAGGGCAUGGGCCACGAGCCUCACCUGCUCUUCCAGGCCUUCAAGAUGCACCAGAACCUGGCUGAGAAGGGAACCAUGAAGAUCAACGGCUGGGACUAA